AUGGCUGAGCUUUCUCUGGACGCGUACUGGCGGGCGCCGCCAAUUGCUAGAACUGCUGCCACUGUUACCUUUGGCCUGUCUGUCGCCGUGCACAUGGGAAUGCUUGCCGGGGACCUCUUCCUCUAUGACUUCCACUACUUGGCGCGGAUUCCCCCGCAAGUAUGGCGCCUUGUAACAUGCUUCCUGAUCACCUUCCCAAAUCUGGGUGUUCUCUUUGACACUUUCCACAUGUACAUGUACAUGAGUCAACUGGAAAAAGGUCAUCCGCGAUUGUCGAGACGAGAAGAUCUUGUCUGGUAUCUGACAUUUGUGUGCGGAACAAUUCUGAUACUCAAUCAUCUAUUGGGUUUCGGGUAUGGAGUAAUGACGCAGGCGCUCCUCCUCGCCAUGGCGUAUACCGUAACUCAAGAGCAACGCGGCCAGACAACAAACUAUAUGUUCGUUAGCAUCCCGUCUCAGCUCGUUCCAUUUGCCAUGAUGGCCAUCAAUCUUUUCUUCCCCGGUGGCAUUGGUAUUGUGCUCCUGCAGCUUCAGGGGCUUGCCGCGGCGCAUUUGUAUCUGUUUCUGACCAAAAUCUGGCCUGACGUUGCCGGCGGUCGGAACUGGCUUGAGACUCCUGCGUUUAUUCGGUCUGCAGUGAAUGGAGUAACACCUGCGCCGCAACCAUCUGCUGGGGGCAGAGGAUUGAAUACGACGUCCGCCCCAAGUAGCGGUGCAAGCAGUGGUGCUUCACGUGGACCAUUACCAGACUCAUGGCGCACCAGAGGACCAGGGCACCGCCUGGGCUAA